UGGUUAUGUUAACUGGAAUUUGGUUUGCUACGUUGUUGUUGACGCAUACAAUGGCAACUCAAAUCAUACCAACGUUUGAAGAUUUUGAACGUGCAAAAACCGAUCUUUUAACAUUGAUCGAAUCUGUUAAAUUAAAUAGAGAUUUACCCAUGAUUGCUGGCUGUGUUCGUUUAAUUUUUCACGAUUGUAUUGGUAAAGAUAAUUGUGAUGGAUGUAUCGAUCACACGCACAGUGGUAACAGAGGGUUAAAAAUAACAUCGGAUCGCCUUGAUGCUUUAUAUGAUGCGUCUUAUAAAGGAAAAAUUUCCAGAGCAGAUUUUUACGCUUUAGCUGCUGUUGUUGCUCUAACUAGAUCGACAGUUGAUGCUCCAGUAAAAUACUUAGGAUUAAAAUACUUUAAAGUUGGCAGAAAAGAUUGUGAAACAUCCCCUAAUCAAAUUCAAAGUAUUGAUCCACCAUUUGGCACCGACGGUACACAUAAAACGUUUGAAUUUUUCAAAAACGUAUUUGGCUUUAAUAUAAGAGAAGCUGUGACAAUUUUAGGAGGACACACGCUAGGAAGAUGUAGGUUGGAAAACACUGGUUUUGUAGGGACUUUUGUAGAUGAACAAUUUUCAACAGUUCCUCCGGGCCCAGACACUUUAGCACCAACAAGCGUUCUUGACAAUGCUUAUUAUAGAAUGUUCAUUGAUAUUGUACCAUGGAUACAAGUUACAAUCAAUGGAACAAGAAAACAAUGGCAGGUACCAAAUCGCCCAAUACCCAAUGAUAAAUUGCCUGAGUUUGAAAGAACUACUUUACUUUUAAACUCAGAUAUGGCAAACUCUUGGAUCAUAACGCCAACCGAUGAAAACGGAGCGGUUUCUUGCACUCCAACUUCAGAAUCGAUUCCUUGUCAACAUUCGUUAGCUCAUCGAUAUUCUGUUCAAUUCGCACGUAACAAUGCGUUGUGGGUAAAAGAAUUUACAAAAGUUUUUGCUCGCAUGACCGAGUUAAAUCAAAAUGUUUUAGUUGAUGCUCCAACUGCACCUAUGUUAAAAAUUAAACCCUAUAGAUUAUUGGUUAAAGCUAUUUUCACUUCAGCCUUUUUUUAA